GUCCCAUUGACGAAGCUGUUACCGAAACUGUCACUGCUGCAUCAUCUUCGCACAAGUUAAACAACAUCUAAACCAACUCGCACCCACCGGCCUCGCAUAGCCAUCACCAUGUCAGCCUCCCAACUCCUCCGUCGAGCCACAACGCGACAACCACGCCUCUUCCGCCUCGGUCCCUUCAGACGCAGAUACACCACCCCGCCGCCGGAACCCACAAAACCGGCAUCCGAAGCAACCCCACCCUCCGCCAUCCGCCGCAUCGUUGCCCGGCUGCCCCGGCCUCUGCGACCCUACGUCGCGCGCCUCGAGUCGGCCCCGCUGUCACACGCCGCCGCGUUCCUGAUCCUGCACGAGCUUACCGCCAUCGUCCCCUUGCUGGCCCUGUUCGCUCUCUUCCACUACACUGACCUGCACGUCGCCCCCGUGGCAUGGGUCACUGAGCGCUAUGGGUCGUACGUAGAGGAGGGGUUGGGCAAGUUUGAGCGCUACUUUCGGCGCAAGGGCUGGUUCGGGCUGGACAAGACUGCUGCCGAGGAUGGCGAGCAGGACUCGAGUGUCGACGCGCUCACCAAGGUCCAGGCCGCGCAUGGUCCCUACCGCGUCGUUGUGGAGGUUGCGCUCGCCUACGCCAUCACCAAGGCCAUGUUGCCUCUGAGGAUAGCGGGUAGCUUGUGGGCUACUCCCUGGUUUGCCGGGGUUAUUCCUGUGUCUGACAUGAGCAAUCGCCCUUGCCUUGAUACAUCCGGCCGAGUCAAGUAUAGUUGA